CACGUCGCUGUUGAAGCAAAAGUACAUGAAAUCGAACGCAUGAUUCAUUUGACGGUACACGGGGGGUGCCGUGAUAUGCAGAAGCCGCAGCUUCCACGUUGAGAGUGUCAUGGCGUCUGUCCAGCGCACGGUCUUCUGGCUCGCCGCGUACGCGCCAAUGGCCAACGCGACGCACGCCGCGCGAAUGUACAACCCGACCACAGGACCGUAUCGCCUUAGGAACACCAUAGCUAACACAUGCACGGACUUGCCAAAGUUGGCGUGGCUGCUGUGGACAGUUAGUUGCUUCGUCGUGUCGUCAUACGAAUACUCGAUCGCACACGUGUCCAUGCCGAGCUCGGUGCCGGGGUGGCACCCCGAGCAGAACGCUUUGCUGAAGAACCGGUACAUGGUCACAUUCAGCUGGAAGUGCUGGGGGGAAUACGAGGGUGGAGGGAUGGGGAUAGCCGUGGUGAGUCGCAUGUCCACACUCACGCGAGCGGGGGUGUACCCCAUAGCUUUGAGAACGGAUGAAUUGGAUCCAGGGGGGGCGAAGGGGGCUGUCGCCGUGUGUCCAAACACAUGGGUAAACGUAUCGCCUCUUAUGAACGACACGUUGUCUUGCAAGUUGCCAAGACGAAUCGAUUCCAUGGAAGGGGGCACGGGGUACGAGUCGACGAGUUGGCUGCAAAUGUCGUUGACGGAAUUCGUGACCACGUACGACGACAUGGUCAGGGCGUAGUACUCGGUGCCUGAAGCGUGCACUUGGUCGAGCGUGGAUUGCACCAUGAACUGCCCGACCAUGGACACGGAGGACGCGGACGCGAGCUCUGGAAACGAGAAGUCGCGCUCGAGGUCGGCAAUGGUGAACGUCGUCAGCAGCGGCGUGAAAAGAUGUCUGGCAUUGCCGACAAAGUCGUUGAGCUCC